AUGCCGUUCUCUCUCCGCUCGCCAUCCUCCCCCUCGGUUACAAGUCCUCCACACCUCCUCGCACUUCUCACGAGAGUUAGGCGGCGGGGGAGGCCCUUGUGUACAGCCUUCUCUCACCUCCCUGCCCCGAGUUAUCCAACGACUGGUUUUCCGGCGAACUUCUGCCAAGUCUCAGAUGCUGCUGAGAGCUCGGGUGAUGUCGUCGGAAGAAUCUGCCGUCUGGUCUGCGACUCGUGCGAAGCCGGCGACUGGAAGCUCCGGAGGGCUCGCAUCGAUGCGCGGGAUCUGAGGGCGGAGCAGGCGGCGACCGUGUUCGCGAUGAUUGCGGACGAGGAAGGAUCCGUGGCGGCGAUGAGCUUUUUCCACUGGGCCGUCUCCCAGAAGGAGUUCAGGCAUUUCCUGCGGCUGUACAUCACGGCGGCAUCCGCCCUUCUCCGUCGCGCCAACUUUGACAAGGCCCAGGAGGUGAUGAGAUGCAUGGUGACGAGCUUCGCGGAGGUCGGAAGGCUGAAGCAGGCGGUGGAUAUGGUCUUCGAGAUGAGAAACCAGGGCCUGCGUCUCAAUGUUCACACCGCUAAUUGGAUUCUCAGCGUCGCCGCCGAAAUGGGUGCCACGGAUUUCGUCGAGCAGCUGUUCGGGAAAAUGCCCACCUACGGGGUUUCUCCUGACGCUUGCAGCUACAGGACGACGAUCGUUGCCUGCUGCAGAGCUGGUCGCAUCACAUCUGUGGAGAAGCUUUUGAAGGAAAUGAUUGACAGGGGCUUGACGAUAGAUAAUGUGACGUGCACUGUGGUGAUUGAUGCGCUGAGUGAGGCGAAUCGUUCGGGCACUGUCAUAUGUGCCUUCGAAAAGAUGAUUGAUCUGGGUCUGCAUCCUAAUGUGAUCAACUACUCCUCUCUGAUUAAUUGUCUGUGCAAGAGAGGCAGCGUGAAGCAAGCGUUCCAGGCACUGGAGCAGAUGACCAGGAGGGGUCUGAAGCCAAACGUCUUCAUCCACACUACCCUAAUUGACGGCCUGUGCAAGAUUGGGUGGACAGAGAGAGCAUUCAGGCUAUUCCUCAAGCUGGUAAGAAGUGAUAAUUACAAGCCAAAUGUCUUCACAUACACUGCCAUGAUAGGAGGGUACUGUAAGGAGGAUAAGAUGAACAGGGCGGAGAUGCUGCUGGGGAGGAUGAGGGAGCAGGGCCUGGCACCAAACGCCAGCACUUACACCACUCUGAUCAACGGAUACUGCAAGGCUGGAGAUUUGGCCCGUUCAUAUGAAUUGAUGGGCCAAAUGACUGCAGAAGGUUGCCCCCCCAAUAUAUGCACUUACAAUGCAGUUCUCAAUUGCCUCUUUAGGAAAGGGAGGGAGGGCGACGCUUACAGGCUUCUUCAUACAUGCUUCAGAUAUGGACCUCUACCUGACCGGGCCACAUUCACAGUUCUCAUCAGUGAGCUCUGCAAGCAAGGAGAUACAUCUCGGGCCUUGGAUUUCUUUCAUUUGAUGGAGAAAUUCGGAUGCCAGCCCGAUAUGCACACAUACACAACGCUAAUUUCUUCUUUCUGCAGGCAAAGGAGAAUGGAGGAUGGCGAGAGAUUUCUUCAUGAAGCUCUUAAGCUGGGGUUGGUACCAAAAAAGCAAACUUUCACCUCGAUGAUAAGUGGGUAUUGCAGGGAUGGGAAGGUGGACCUCGCCAUGGAGAUCUUUGAAAAGAUGGCCAUCAACGGUUGUGUGGCUGACUCUGUAACUUAUGGUGCUCUUAUUAGCGGUCUCUGCAAGGAGUCAAAGUUAGAAGAAGCGCAGGCCCUGUAUAGAGCCAUGGUUGAUAGGGGACUCUGCCCAUGUGAAGUGACUCGUGUCACCUUGGCAUAUGAGCUCUGUAUGAAAGAUGAAAUCUCCGGUGCUUUGGCUAUUUUGGACAUGCUUGAUGGAAAACUCUGGGUCCGGACUGCCAAUAUCUUAGUGAGGAAACUGUCUUCUGAAGGAAAACUGGCGCAGGCUGCCUUCUUCUUCCACAAAUUGCUGGACAAAGACCACGACUUGGAUUACAUAACUUAUGCUGGGUUUGUAAAUGCUUGUUACGACGACAGCAAAUAUUCAGUUGCUUCGGCUUUGACGGAGAGAAUUUCCAGUAAGAUUCGGAAUUCAGCCUCUGAAGUCACUAAUGAAGUGCUGUGA